AUGCUUCCCAGAGGCCUGUUCUUGCUGGCGUGCAUGCUGGUGGCGUGCGGGAGCGUGUUGGGAGACCCCGAGCACGAUGCACCCCCCGUGGAGCUGACAGACGCCCUUGAGAAGGCAGAAGGCUCGGGAAAGACGGGGCCAGAUACAGAGGCGGGAUCGAAAACCGUGAUGGAACAUGUUACCGUGGAAAAAACCAUUGGUGAUAAGAACGGAACAGACUUUGGAACCAAAGAGCAAGAGAACAAGACUUUCAUAAAAACCAUUGGUGAUAAGAAUGGAACAGUUAUAGAAACUAGUAAAGAGCAAGACAACAAGACCUUGGAAAAAGCCAUUGGUGAUAAGAAUGGAACAGUUAUAGAAACUAGCAAAGAGCAAGACAACAAGACCUUGGAAAAAGCCAUUGGUGAUAAGAAUGGAACGGCUAUAGAAACUAGUAAAGAGCAAGAUAACAAGACCUUGGAAAAAGCCAUUGGUGAUAAGAAUGGAACAGUUAUAGAAACUAGUAAAGAGCAAGAUAACAAGACCUUGGAAAAAGCCAUUGGUGAUAAGAAUGGAACAGUUAUAGAAACUAGCAAAGAGCAAGACAACAAGACCUUGGAAAAAGCCAUUGGUGAUAAGAACGUAACAGGUUUGGAAACUAGUAAAGAGCAAGAGAAUAAAAUUUUGGAAAAAACCGUUGAUAAAAAUGGAACAGUUCUGGAAACUAAAGAGCAAGAGAACAAAAUCUUGGAUAAAGCCAUUGGUGAUAAGAACGGAACCAUUGUUCAAACUAAAGAGCAAGAGAACAAAACUUUGCAAAAACCCGUUGGUAAUAAAAACGGAACUGAUAUAGAAAUUAGUAAAGAACAAGAAAAUAAAACCUUGCUGCAAGUAGUGGGUGAUAAGAUCGGAACAGAAGAGAACAAAACUUUAGAAAAAACCGUUGGCGAUAAGAAUGAAACCGUUGUUGAAACUAAAGAGCAAGAGAACAAAACAGUACAAAAACCCGUUGGUGAUAAAAACGGAACAAAUACUGAAAUUAGUAAAGAGCAAGAGAACAAAAUCUUGGAAAAAACAGUUGAUAAGAACGGGACAGCUUUGGAAACUGAAGAACAGAACAAAACCUUGCCAACAAUCCCUGGUGAUAAAAACAGAACAUUUGUGGAAACUAAAGAGCAAGAGAACAAAACGGUACUUUCGAGGAAUGAAACGGAAGUGGAAACUACAGAACCAGAGGGGAAAAUUGUAUCAUCGGAGAACAUAAGUACCGGGAACGAAACAGAAAAUGUUGGAAACGAAAGUGAAAGUCUACAGAACAAAACAGUAUAUCUGGAGAACAAGAUAGCGGAAAUUGAAAACACCGCGAUGGAGAUUGAGGAAAAAACUGUAAGUCUCCAGAAACAAACUGAAGAUCUCAAUAGCCAAACUAUAUUUCUGCAGAACCGAACAGGAGGUCUAGAGAAAAAGUCGAUGGAACUGAAGAAUAGGAUGCUGGGACUAGAAAACAAGACUGUGGGUAUUGAGAAUGAAUCAGCAGGUUUGCUAAGGGAGACUGACAUUCUGGGACGCGCAAUGAUGCGUAUGGACUGGGAAGCCGCGGAGAUUGAGAACAAGGCUGUGGGUUUGCAGGAAAAAACAGGAAACCUCCAGAACAAGACCGGAGACCUACAAGAACGAACUCAGGGUCUGCAGGUCCAGACAAAAGCUCUACAGAACAAGUUGGCGAACUUAGAGGAUAUGAUGGUGCAACUGGGAAACAAGACAGUAGAUAUUGAAAACCAAACAUCAGGUCUGCAUACCGAAACCUUGGAUUUGCAGAACAAAGCACAUGACUUGGAGGACAAGAUGACAGGUCUUUAUAACUUGACACUACAGAUGCAGAAGCAAACCUCACAGCUGCAGAACAAGACGACUGGACUGCGGAACAAGACAGUUGGUUUGUAUAACAAGGCAUCAGGCCUGAAGAACAAGACUUGGCCUACAAAUGAGGAUUUGUGGUCUCCAAAAGAAGACAGUAGGUCUGUAAAACAAGACAGCCGGCCUCGAAAACAACAACGUGGGCCAUCAAAACAACAGUACUACUGUGGAGAGCCUAACUGCUGUGGCGCAAUGUUCGACACAAGAAGGCAGACUCAGUAA